AUAAGGUUUAUCAUAACGCUGCAAAACUUUUUAGUUGACGUAAGAAGCUACUACGUUCUAUUGGUUUAUCGUGAAGUAUCGUGCUGGACCCAUUUUAACCUGCUGCCAAGUAGCGAAUUCGUAAAUACUUCAAGUAUUUUCCCAACCACGAACCGUCCACGUAGAUAUCGUUAUAUUUGCCAACGGGACGAAUGGUGAGAAACAUUCAGUGCCCUUCUUCCUUUUGUAAAAAUAGUAUGAUGGAAUUUGGAUUUCCUUAAAGUUACUAUCUUCAAGGAAGAAGAAGGCACGAGCGAUAUUUAGGUUACGCGCGUGAAAGUGACCCGUAAUAUAUACGUAUUUAUAUACAGGCGAUGGAAAUGGAGAUCAUCUGUAUCUCUUCUGAUGACGAGUCGGACUCGCAAAAGUUUUUGCUACAGGAAAACAAAAAGAACUCGUCUCCUGAUAAUUUCACAGAGACUAGUAAUAAUGCUUUACAUACAAAGGUAGAAAUUACAUCCAGUCACGACGAGAAGGUGGAGGAGAAUAAUCUAAAGAGGAAAGUAUCGCAAAUAAGCAGAUCAUCAUCCAAUAUUGUGGAGAAGAGAAGGAAAUUAAAUACAAAUCAAAAUACAUCGGAACUAAACAAAGAGGAACUUGUUACGUCUGAUUGUAUUUUGGUGUCAAAAAACAAGCAGACGGUAACAUCAGCAGAAUUAACAGCUAAAAUCCCAAAAUUGGUUGUGAAAGAGCGUAAAAAGAUAUCAUAUAUCGCACACGACAUCUUUCCUCAAUUUAUAAGUCUAUGUUUGAAUAAAAGUCGUGACAAUGACAUGAAAAAGAUUGUUGAUAAGUUGAAGAGGCGUUACGAAGGAUUGGAUUCAUCUCACGCUGGUUCAGAAAGUUUUGCUUUAUUUUUAAAUGAAAAGCGGGAAGCUAUUAUACAGAACAAGAGAAAAUUAUAUGUGCAUAUACAGGAAGUUAUGAAUGAGAUAAAGAAUAUGAUUAAGGAUCAAUUGAAGAAAAAGCAGACUAAUAAUGUAGUCUAUGAUGCAAUACCUUCUACUUCUUAUGCAGCAAACAAAGAAUCAAUCAAUAAGGUAAUAAAAUUAGAUGAGGAUGAUAACAGUGUAGAAAUUGAUAAAAAGAGAAAGAUUAAAACAAUAUUAAUGGCCAUGAAAAAAUGUGAUCUUAGAAUAAAGAAAUUUGAAACAGCAGAAGUUGAUUUCAAUGAGGAUGCUGAUAGUAAUUACAUAAAAAUGGAGAGAUACAAACAAAGAAUGGUAGAAUUAUAUAGCAAGCUUUGUGAAUUAACAGACGAUAAUGCUGAUGCUGGACGCUCAUAUUUACGCCCUAAACACAUAAGUACAACUCAAAUUGUUGCUGUGGACCAAGCAAUAUCAAAUUUUAUUAACUCUAAAAUUUCGAAACAAAAUCGAUUGAAGAAACGGGGAGCUUUCACAAAUAAUUUAAUAUUCCCUGAUUAUAGAGAUAUAUUAGAAUGUGUUAAUAGAUGUAACAUCAAAAGAAACUUAGGUUUAGACAAGAGGAAACUGAAACACAUGGCAAAAAAGGCUUUUACUGAACUAGGAGAAUACUUACAACGUGCAAGACGAAAUGAUUAUUGGGACACUUUUUCAUUAUAUCUUGAAAACGCAGAAGAGGAUCCAGCAUUAAAAGAUAAAGAAUUAGCGAGUAAACUAGCUGUGAAUCGUAGUGAAGGCGACAAAAGACUGGCCGCUGUAUUUGAGAAGUAUAGGAAGAAACAAGAAGACUUGAAGAAUCAAGUCAUUGAUAGCGGAACAAGUACGGAAGACGAGAGCGAUGUUGACAACGACGAGAAGGAUGAAGACGAAGGCAAGAACAAGGACGACGACAAUGAUACUACGUCACUAUAUACUCUAAGUAGCGAAGACAGUAGCAAUGAAGAAGAUAUAAGUGAAAUUAUUGAGGACAAGAUAUUACCCACAGAGAGUGACAAAGGUAAUACGGCAAAUGCGAACACGGUAAUGCACGUGAAAUGCGAUACGAACAAAGCCGAGGCGAUGAAUGUUGAAAGAAGUGUACCGCAAGAGAAAAGCGAUAAGAAACUGGAAGUAAAGUCUGUUACGAGAGAGGAUGACGCAGCGACAUCUAAGGACGAGAAUAAGACUACCAAGACCUCUACUGUCUCCACCUCCUCUACUUCCACUGUCUCCACUUCUUCUACUUCUACCGUUUCCAUCUCCUCUACUCCUACUGUCGCUAACGAAGAGAAGGUGCACAGACCAUCCAUCAGCAAUGCAGUUGUGACCUCGAGGAACAUUACUGAAACGAGCGCGAAAGUGCAAGUGAGCUCAUCACCGACCACCACCGCUCCGACAAAUUGUGCUGACGCUGAUAGGAUUGAAGAGCACGUCGAAGUGAUAAUAGAGGAUAUGCGUAAAGUGAUAACGAAUUCUAUGGCAGAGGUGAUAACCGAGAGCGAGACAACGGAGGUGCUAAUGGAGGACACCACAGAGGUGGAAGCGCAAGACAUCGCCGAGGUAGCGAGAAACGUACAAGAGAUGAUCACGAAAGUAACAGAACUGGCGUCGGGAGCAACGUUGGACGAUGUUUCGAUCACUGAUACGUCCGAUGACAAGGACGAAACUAAGAAGCCUCUAUUGCGGGUGCGCUCAUUCGCCAAACCUCCCACGACCUGGGACGAUGAACGGAACAAAAUGGGUAAAGAAGAGAACGUACCAAAGAUAACGAGCCAAAAUAAAGACGUGAUCGACCUAACGGACGAGUCGAACGUCACCGCCGAGUCGGCACCAUCGGCAGCUCCGCCGGUGCUCGGCAAGUGCGCGAUACAGCUCGGCAAGGUGGUGCCUCUGGUGAAGACACAUCAGACACUGAUGUUGCCACCAGGCAGCAAUAUCAUCAAUGUGCAAAAUAUCACGAACAAUUACCUGAAGUUAGACGUGCGGACCGGCGAGAUUAUCGCGCCCGCGUGCAGCGCUCAACCAUCUGGGAUUAUUCACGUGCCGUCUACGCAAAUUGCCACCGUUCGGCAGGACCAAUCGCCGAGUCUUCAAAACUCGAAAGUCAGCACUACGACGGACGAGACCAAGCGGAACGAGACUGUGGUAAAAAUUGUCCCCCAGAAGAUCGUCACGAAGACGUCAGAGCCGCAGGUGUCACCGAAAACGCCGACACCAAUGACAUCGACAAAGACGACAUCGAAGGUGCAAGUGAUAUCGACAAAUACGACAUCGCCGAUGACAAAGCCGCAGAUAGUAUCGAAACAGCUGAUACUACCGAAACAGCUGGUGGUACAGAAACAGCUGAUAGUACCGAAACAGCUGAUAGUAUCGAAGCCGCAAGCAGUGUCGAAGCCGCCGCUGAUACUGAAGUCGCAGGCAGUGUCGAAGCCACAAGUGAUUUUGAAGCCGCAGGUGAUAUCGAACCCUCGAGUGAUGUCAAAUAUGCGAAUAGUACAGAGUGGUGUGUCAGUACGCGUACACCCGCUGACGAAACCCAAAUGAUGCGAACACCAUAGUGUGCUGCUAGCAAUACUUUUUUUCUGAUAAUUGUUACGUGAUUGCGAAGUUUAGCUGAUUAAUCCCAAUGUUAAAUAAGACAUUUUCAUUUUGAGAUAAAUAUACGCGCGCGCGCACACACAUAUACACAUCCACUCCCCCCCCCACACACAUAUACACACAUACAUACACU